CGGAAGUUUUGAGGCUGAGGGAGGUUCUCCUGCGGAGUGAGGCAACACUUCAUGCUGUCACCCAGCGCAUAAAUCUGUCCAGACUCCGAACCUGAACGCUUUCUGAGCGGAUCUUUUUGGUGAAAUGUCAUCCGCCGCGCAGAAGCAGCCAGGCGGCACGGAGAGCCUGACGCCGUCCGCUGUCAACCACAUUCUGAUGGAGCUCCUGAUUUACUUCGGCCGAGCCGUGGUGGUCUUCUACCCGGUGUACCUGACCGGGUACCUGGGCCUCAGCAUCAGCUGGAUCCUGCUCUGCAUGCUCAUGUUCACCUGGUGGCAGAAGAACCGGCGGUGGAAGGACGUCCGGAUCGAUUCUGCGAUCGACUUAGUGGAUAACGAGGCGAAUAUUAUCAGCAGCGAGCUGAAGAAGUCUUUACAGAUGGCUUCGUGGAUUAACUUCACCGACGUUGAGAAAGUUCAGUGGAUGAACAAGGUGUUGGAGCAGGCUUGGCCCUUCUUCGGGAUGUACAUGGAGAAACUUCUGAGAGAAAACAUCCAGCCGACGGUCAGGAUAUCCAACUCUGCGCUCAAAAUGUUCACGUUUACCAAGAUCCACUUCGGACACAAACCUCUCAGGAUCACUGGGAUGAGAGCAUACACGCAUGAAGUGGACCAAAGGGAAGUGAUUCUGGACAUGAACAUCGAUUACGACAGUGACGUGGACAUCGACGCGGAUGUGAACGCAGCUAUCAAAGUUGGCAUUAAAGGACUGAAGUUCCGAGGAAUGCUCAGAGUCGUCUUAGAGCCUUUGAUUAGUCAGGCGCCGCUGGUGGGAGGAGUCACUUUUUUCUUCAUUCGCCGCCCUACUCUGCAGAUCAACUGGACCGGCAUGACCAAUUUGUUGGACAGUCCUGCGUUUAGCUCCCUGUCUGAGGAGGCCAUUAUAGACAUCAUUGCGUCCCUCCUGGUUUUGCCAAACCGCAUGUGCAUUCCUCUGAUUGACCAACUCAAAGUUGAUCAGAUGAGAUUUCCUCUUCCUCGGGGUGUGGUCAGGGUCCACGUGUUGGAGGCCAGGGACCUGGUGGCCAAGGACACCUACAUGAUGGGCAUGGUGAAAGGCAAGUCGGACCCUUACGUCACGCUCCGAGUCGGCAACCGACUCUUCAAAACCAAGACCAUCAAAGAAAACCUGCAUCCGAAAUGGAAUGAAGUUUAUGAGUUUGUUAUUCACGAGGCGCCUGGACAAGAGCUGGAGAUAGAGCUAUAUGACGAGGACAGAGACAAAGAUGAUUUCCUGGGAAGAUAUAACCUGGAUUUCGGAGAAGUGAAACGGGAGAAAGAAAUGGAUCAGUGGUUUCCUCUGGAAAACAUUCCUCAUGGAGAGAUUCACCUGAAGCUGCAGUGGCUCGCUCUGAGCACCGAUCCCUCUCUGCUGAACGAGUCCAACGCCGGCCUGUCCUGCGCGAUGGUCGCUGUUUAUCUGGACAACGCUUCCAACCUUCCAAAAGACCAAAAGGAGUUAACCGUACAUCAAAAACAUGGGAAGCACAACAAAGAGGCCCGGCUCACGAAGAAGAAUUUGGGCCCCAACUCCUACGUGGAAUUUACUCUUGAUAAGGAUGUUCAGAAGAGCAAAGUUGCAUAUUUGAGUAAAAACCCAGUGUGGGAGCAGGGCUUCAACUUCUUUGUGCAGAACGUAAAAACUCAGCAGCUCACACUUCAGGUCAAAGACCAGGAGAAGAAAUCUGUUCUCGGUUCUCUCAACAUUCCCAUCUAUCGCCUCUACACCAUCUCCUCCAUGUGUCUGGACCAGAACUUCCUGCUGGAGCGCUCCGGACCCAACAGCCAGAUCAAACUGAAGGUCACUCUCAGGAUUCUUACCGAGGAACGGCCACCGCCUAAAAUCCCCGUCAGUUCUCCAUCGAACGUCAAACAGCAGAACCAGCAGGUGAAAGCAGGAGGAAACGCCGCCGCCACGGCUACUGCCACCAAGGCUACUGCCGCCACGGCAACCGCCGCCACGGCAACUGCCGCCACAGCUACCGCCACCAAGGCUACCGCCGCCACACCCGCUGCCUUCACCGCUGCCGCCGCCCCAGCUGCUGCCGCCGCCACAUCGGUUCCCUCCAACGGUGCGCCUGCAGCUUCCUCUCCGGGUCUGCCUGGAGUCCCGCUGGAUGGGACGAACAAGGCAGCUUCACCUCAGCCGCGGCGCAACUCCUUCCUGGCUUCUGAAACCAGCAAGCCCUCCAACCUAAACAUGCGUCGGUACGAUUCCCACAGCCUGCUGUCGGAGAACUCCAUCGCCUCGUCGCGCUUCGACCUCACAGACGGCGCGUCCUUUCCACAGGCCAUCAGGGACCAUCAGGGCUCGUUUGGGGAGAUCAACCUGACUGUUCGCUAUGCCACCAUGAGGAACAAACUCAUGGUCCUGGUUCAUUCCUGCAGAGACCUGUUUCCCUGCAGCGACAGCGGCACAGACUCCUACGUCCGAAUAUAUCUCCUCCCAGACGUCUCCUGGAGACACCGCAAGAAGACGCACGUCAAGAAGAAGACAGUCAAGCCUGUUUUUGAAGAAAAGUUUGAGUUUGAUGUGCCGCUUGAAGAAGCUCAAACCAGGCAGUUGGACGUGUCGGUCAAAAAUAACAAGAUGUUCCGUAAAAGGGAGAGACCAGACAUUGGAAUGUUGAUGUUGGAUCUCUCACAGAUCGACUUAGUCAAAGGCACCUCAGACUGGUUUGAACUUACAAUACCUGGACUGUCGAGAUCGACGAGGCAGAGUCACUUUUAGAGGAAGUGGCUCCUUUCCAGCAGCUUCUAAAACUCUUAUUUUGAAAUUCUGUUGAGGCGACGUUGUCUCUUCCCUGAAUGUUGCAGCGCCAAGUGAAUGUGCAAAUAUUUUGUUCUGUAAUGUGAGCAGUGUGGGCUCAUAUUACAUAUUUUUGAUAAAGCUGUUUGUAUUAUUUUAUUGAAAAUAUAUUUUGAUUCAUUCCACAGAGACCAAAAGAAUUCGUUUUUUCACUUCAUCUGUGCCGGAGUUGGAAAUAAUCCAAAUCAGAAACAACUUAAAAAUGCAAAUAUUUGUUGCACUGAAGUCAA